GCAUUUGGUGGAGUGUCAAAGAAGAUUGUUGAGGAAGGAUUGCUUUACAUUGAAACGUGGUUGGAAGUUGAGGAGUUGAAAGUAAGCACAAAACAAAGAGAGAAGCUUCCUUUGGAAGGGUGAGCCUAUGCCUAUAAGUAGUGAAGGCGUGUGAUAAUGCUUUCACUUUCACAUUCAAAAAUCAGAACAACAAUGGAGCUCCAAAAAUCAAUCUCCAAGAGCCAAGAAGACGUUGCUCUCAGCUUCGCAAACCGUUUAUUCUCAACAGAAGCAUAUCAUAACGAGAACAUCGUCUUUUCACCCUUGUCUCUCCAUGUUGCUCUUGCCAUCAUGGCCGCUGGUGCACAUGGCAGCACACUUGAUGAGCUUCUUUCCUUCCUUCGAUUCGACUCUGUUGACCAUCUCAACACCAUCUUCUCUCAGGUCGUCUCCGCCGUCUUCUCUGACAACGAUGACGCUGCUCCUCCUCCUACACAUCGUCUGUCUUUUGCCAAUGGAAUGUGGGUUGAUAAAUCGCUUUCCCUUACUCAUUCUUUCAAACAACUUGUGGCCACUCAUUACAAAGCCACUCUCGAUUCAGUUGAUUUUUGGAACAAGGCUGAUCAGGUGUGUGAUGAAGUGAAUUUGUGGGUUGAAAAAGGGACUAAUGGCCUUAUUAAAGAGCUUCUUUCUCCGGGUGCAGUGGACAAAACAACCAGACUUAUCUUUGCAAAUGCACUACACUUCAAGGGUGAGUGGGAACACAAGUUUCUUGCGAGAUAUUCAUACAGUUAUCGUUUUCACCUCCUUGAUGGCACAUCAGUCGUGGUUCCUUUAAUGACAAACGACGAGGAGCAGCUUAUUAGGGUUUUUGAUGGUUUCAAAAUCCUCGGUCUUCCUUAUAAACAAGGUACUGAUGAAAAACGCUUGUUUUCCAUGUACAUUUUACUUCCCCAUGCCAAAGACGGACUUUCAGAUUUAAUUCGAAAGAUGGCUUCAGAACCUGGUUUCUUAGAAGGCAAGCUUCCUCAGCAAAAAGUAAAACUGAAUUUCUUUCUGAUUCCGAGAUUUGAUAUCUCUUUUGCAUUUGAAGCUUCUGAUGUGCUUAAGGAGUUUGGAGUGGUUUCGCCUUUCUCUCAACGAGAUGCAGAUUUUACAAAAAUGGUGAAGGUGAACUCUCCUUUGGAUGCAUUAUCCGUGGAAAGCAUAUUUCAAAAAGUUUUCAUUAAGGUAAACGAACAAGGGACUGAAGCUGCGGCGGCCACCACGUUGGGUUUGAGAGGAGGAGGUGGUCCACCACCACCGGGUCUAGAAUUUAUAGCUGAUCACCCUUUCCUCUUCUUGAUCAGAGAAGAUUUCUCUGGAACAAUCCUCUUUGUUGGGCAGGUGCUCAACCCUCUUGGUGGAGCAAAUGGAACAACCACACCUGUGAAGGAGGAUUUGGGAAGGAAAAAGCGGCCUGGCCCGGUAGACAAUGCUGAGAGGUCGAAGAAAAAGUAUAGUGACUUUGAAUUAGAGAAGAAUGGGUAGAAGAAAGAUGGCGACGAUGAUCAUAAGGCUGAGGUUCCACUAAAGAGGAAGAGGACAAGUAAAAAUGCUUAAGAUGACGAUGAGGGAGGAGAAGAUGAUGAGAGUCCUUGUUUUGUGAUCUGCUGCUUGAAAUGUAUCACAAAUUAAGCAGCUUAUGCUAUGCAGUCCGUGCAAGUUUGGAAUGUUAUUGUAUUUAAUAUUAAUGUUCAUUGUUCAUUACUAAUUGAACAUGACAAAUGGUCUUACUAUUUCUGCAAGUUAUUGCAAGUUAGGAACAAAUUAUUAUGCAUUAUUACUAUUUCUGAUGCUCUUAAAUUGUUGCUAGAUUUUUCUGGUUUUAAUAAAUGAAUUUCAUCA